AUGGCAACAAACGCCAUUACGUUGCUUCCGCUCCUGGCUUCCGCCGUCUAUGGCUUGCAGUUCACAGGCCCCCAUGCCGGCGUGAAACUCAAUCUCUCGGCGCCCAUCACUAUUUCAUGGAAACACGAAGCAGCCGGAGCCGAAGCCAGCUGGACGGAACUCGACCUCUGGUGGCACGGCGAACGGGCUGGCAGCACCUUCGGAUACGGACUUGAGGAGAAUAUCACCGUGGCAAACGGCGGGCAGUACGAGUGGGAUCCGGCUUCGGUCCGAGAGGCGUUGUUGUCGGGGACCGGCAAGCUCUCCUCGGGCAAAGCCUUCUACUUUGCGGGCAAGCUUCACCCACCGAAUGCAUCUGCGCCUAGCUCUGAGACGCAGAGUGUCAAGUACGCAGUGGAGGAUAGGGAUUUGGUGGGGAGUGCUGGAAGCACAAUGAGCCCGGUGUGGAGUUUCGUUGUCUCUUCCCUGGCUGUGUCUAUUGCUUUGUUCUGA